CCUGGAAGGACGCCAACGUACCUGCUGUUCUUACAUCGGCUCCCGGAACCUUCCCUGCUCAAAUCUAUCGAAAACGCUAGGGCCGUGAAGGCCCAACUGCGAAGCACAUAAAAGUCCGGCCGAUCGCAUUCGUCACAAUGUGUAUUGUUCACGUCACCCGCAAGGUCUAUGAUAGCGGCGACAUCGUCGAGGACGAGCGCCUCUAUUAUCCUUGCAACAAUUCACAGGGACGCCGCGCUUGCCCGAAUGCACAAAAGAUAUUCCGCGGGACAAUUCAAGUUCACAACGCCCCCCAAGGACCAACAUUAUCCCAGCCGAUACCAGCCGGACCAGGGGGACAUGGAUAUAGUCGACAUACCCCGGGUCUGAGCAUUCCAGGAGAAAUCUCCACACCUGCAACUUCGAACUCACCACUCACUCCUAGCCCUUUGAGUGCAUCACCUUCCGAAUUCAACGUGCGUAUUGCAGAGCCUAGCUGGCGUGAGUCGCGAGGCUCCUCGACAUCCAAAUUAGGACGCAGUUCGUCAAGCAGGAGCCGGUCUGAGGCGCGAAAGUACUAUGAGCCGGUCUUUUACAUCGGCGGAAAAGACAGGAAAAAGAAAACCGAGCACCGUCGCUCUGGUUCGCUUGCCAGCAGCGUCUCCGACGCUUCGUCUGUCCACAUCAUUGAUACUCCGCGCUCCCGGCCAGUCUCAGCAAACAUGGAAGGCCCAAUUCCGCCACCGCCUCCAAUGCAUCACUCACCAUUAAACGCGAUGUUCGGCGGUAUCCCUCCACCACCUCCUGCGCCGAUGACACCUCUUACUGGUCAUCAUGUGUCCCCACUCGGCGAACCCUUCGGCGAGCCCCCCACCACCCUUCCACGCCGCCGCCCCUCCCAACGCGUCCAGCUCCACAACCCCCCUCCCUCCCCCCGUCCCGCCAACCUCACCUACCGCGAACCCACCACCCAACACCGGCGCACCUCCUCCAACGUCUCCGUCUCCUCCACCACCCCUUCCCUCUACCCCACCGCCUCCGUCUCCGGCUCCUCCUCCCCCUCUAUCCUCACCCGCGCUGACCGCGUCGACCCUGUCGAGUCCGACUACCGCGCCCAAGCCCGCGCCGACCACGCCCGUAACGAGCGCCUCGAGCGCCGCGACCGGGAGCGCGACCGCACCGACGUUCCCGCCCGUCGGCGCCGGCUGAGCACCAUCAGCAACGCCGCAACGCUGCAGACGCGUCCGCAGACACCGCCCGGACAGCGGCUCGAGGGCAACGAGGAGCGCGAGAAGCGCGAAGCCGCGGAGGACCAGCAUAGCAUGCGGGAGUACAACCGCAUGCAGGCGCGGGAGCAGAUGCGCGAGGAGGCGCGGCGGCGGCGAGAGCUAGAAGACGAGGCGCGGGAUGGGUACCGACGGGCGGUGGAGUCCGGGGAAGAAACGUUGGAGUUACCGGAGACGCCGACACGAGUGCGCGGUGAUGGGAAGAAGAAGCGAGGGUCUUUCACCGAGAAAUGGUUCUAAGCCAGCCUGGUAUCAUCAUGUUUGGGGGGCAUUUUUGUAUUGUAUUUGUCAAAAUAGCGGUCUUCGAUCUUUGACCUGCCGCGGGGUGCACUCACAGAUGGAGGGGAAAAUAGAUACGCGAGGCUUCAGUGCGACAAAACACAGGUUCCUUUAUUAUAUGAAAAGCUAUUGGCAGUCUUCCCGCGUUGGACUUGGCCGAAUUGGAUGGAUACUUCUGGGUGAACGUACACUGGCCAUCGCAACUACGAGAUAGGUACAGCGGAAUCGUCACACAUGACGGUAGCGUACCGUGGGUGGUCUUUAGGAGACAA